GAGCCAGAGCAGCAGCAGCGGAGCGUCUAGCGGAGCGGCCCCUUAGAUCAUCCCACCUGGUGACUGAUUGGUGAUAGAUGGCUCAACAGUUGAUCGGGUCUUCAACUGAUCAGCAGUUUCUCCAGCACCGCAUCACUUCCUGAACUGGACUCAUCACCUGACUGACAUGGACCCAGGAGCCACCAGCUGCACGACUCACCCUCACUGGCCAUGGUAGCAGAGGCCGUGGCGCUGGACCAGAUCCUGAGAUGGACAUGGAACCAUUCGACGAGCUGUGUCUGGGGGCGGUGCUUGAGGUGGAGGAUGAAACGGGGUGCCCUGAUGUUGAGCAGCUCCGUCCAUCCCGUAAACGUUGCAAAGAAAAGAAGAAAGGAAAAAGAAAAAGAAAGGAUGUUGUGGUUACCAUGGAGACCAGGACCUUGGAGGCGAAGAAAAGCGAUGAGAGGGAGGCUGAGGACGAGCGAUGGAGGCAACAGUUCCCAGACAUCAAGAAGUGCAGGAUUGUCAUCGUUCGUCCUCGACCCAAAGAGCUGAAGAUGUGGGGGGUGAAAAUGAGGAGGCGUCGCCACAGGCCCCGGUUGCACGACCCGGGGCCGGACUGGGACUGGAUGCACCCGCUUGAGCAGCAGGACUGCAGUGUAACAAAGAGGUUUGUGAAGAAGGUGGAAGUCCAACUUCAGCCGGAUCACACCCCCGACGACGGGCCGGGGAGACCCCGGAGCAGGCUGAGCCUCAAACACUGCUCCGAUAUCUCCUUUGACUCCACCCACUACCUCCCACAAAGUAACGACGAGGACAACUACAGCGAAGACAGUAGAAAGAUAGAUCACAGUUACUGCAUCUUCACCCAAAAACCAAACACAAAUGACAGCAACAGCCAAUCACAAGAUGCCAGGCUGUUGUCCUGCUGUGGACGUCAAGAUGGAGACUGCUGCUGCGAGAAUGCAGAAAAGAAGAAUCAGCCCACCAUGGUGUUUAACAAGGUUGGGGGUCAUCGGUGGCUGUUGAGGAGGAGGAAAAUCAAAAUCAAAGAAGAAGAGGAAGAGGAAGAGGAAGAAGAAGAGGAAGAGGAGGAAAUGAUGAAGUCGAGGAAGAAGAAGGAGGCCUUGUCACCCAAAAUGAACAAAGAGGUCAGUGCUCAGAAGCUGAAGCGUCGGACGGGCUGCGGCUCCUGCGCCGGAUGCCUCCGGAAGGACUGCGGGACGUGUGUCAACUGCCUGGACAUGAAGAAGUUCGGCGGUCCGUGCACCAAGAGGCAGAAGUGUAUUUUGAGACGGUGUCUGGUCGUGUUCCCCAGGAAAUACACGAAGCCUCCUCCCUGGAUGACCCCAGAGAAAUGGAAGGAGGAAAGUGAGGAUUCAGAGGAGAAGGAGCAUUCUUUACCUCGGAGCGCUUGUCUCUGGGAAGGAGAGGGAGGGGGGAACAUCUGGCCACGGCAACGGGCGAAGCUGAAAAAAAAGAGAUGGAACGGAAAAGAGGAGGAAAACGAGCAAAUAGAACACUCACAGUGGAAGAAGAUGAUGUGGGAGAGACGGAGAGAAAAGGAGAAGAGGAAAAGAAAGUCAAAGAAGAGUGAGGACUGGCCUCAGAUAAAGACGGAGGAGGAGGAAGAGCACAUAGGGAAGACGUGGCCCCCACAGCUCCUGUUGGAUGGAGGAGGCGGAGCCUCAGGGCUACUAAACGGGACACAUGUCCAGUUGAACGUGACUCUGGACAGCAGCCACCUGUCUCCCAGCCUCAUCUCUGACUCCGUCCUCCCCUGUCUGCCUGUACCCCCGCCUCAGGACGGUCCGGUCUUCCAUAUUUGCAACGGCCUCACCUUCCUUCCUCCCCCUCCCCCUCCUCCUCCUCCUCCUCUUCCUCUUCCUCUUCCUCCUCCUGGUGAACAAACACAGCCGAAAGAGGAGGAGGAGGCUGUGGAGAUCGAGCUGUACGGGAGGAACGGAGCAGCUGCAGAUGUAAUGCCGGAGCUGACGGAGCUGACGGAGCUGACGGAGGUGGACGAGGAACACGAGGAAGACGAGGAAGACGAGGAGGCGGGAGCAUGCAGCAAAGGAGUGUCUGACAAAGGAAAGUUCUUCCAAGUGGAGGUGGAGCUGCCAGCCUCCAACUCUGACGAGGAAACGCUGACGGCACCUUCCCCGAUGCCUUCAGACUUCACUGAAGUCAGCACAGCCAAUGUGACGGAUAAUGUCACAGCAUCUGACUCCACCUACAAACCAGCAGAGUUUAAUUCAUUGAGCUUGGGGUCAUUCAGCUUGUUUGGAGCCGAGGCCAGUGAAGAUGCUGAAGCUGAGCAGGGCUUGCAGCGCCUGCUGCGCCUGCUGCGGGCGCUGAGGAGGACGGUGCUGCCGGCUCAUUGGGUGCCGGUUCUGGCUGAUGGACCGGUGCUGCAGCUCCUGCAGUGCUCCAGGCUGUCCUCCAUGUCCGACACCAUCGUCCACAUCCUCCCCGACGGCUCCUUCUACAUUAGCGUCCAGAACCACACGCUGCUGAAGACGCACAGAGUCUACAAGGAGCACACGGACCAGAUCACACACCUGAGCCAGUUGGUGUCUCUGCUCCUCCAUCUUGAGCAUCUGAGCGUCUGCAGCGGCUCCAAGGUUCGAUGCCGGGUAAGGUCACCGCGCUGCCACCUGCUGGUGGCCCUGCCCUGGUACACCUGUCUGCCCUGCCUUCUGGAGGAGGAGGAGGAAGAAGGGGAAGAGGAAGAAGAAGGGGAGGAGGAGGAGGAUGUAGAUGUAGCCACAGAAAAUGGAGCAUCAUGAUGGAGGAAGUUCAUGUUGACUUCAGGACAGAAGCUUGUUGAAUUCACUGGAUACGUUAUUUUUUUAAAGCUCAGUUUUGAUAAGCUUCAUAAAGAUUAGCGACGGGAGCAGAACCACUGGAUGAAAGUUUGUCUCCAUCCACGGGCCGGACCUGCUGCUGACGGACCUGCUGCUGAUCUCCUGCUGCUAAAAAUGCUGUGCUGAUCUUUGGGGACGACCCAGCAAGUCUCAUAUGUCUUUGUCUUAUGCAUAGACUGUAAAAAACUACUGUCUAAAGACGUUGCCCAUGCAGCUCCCAGGUCCACUGGGCCUCCUUUCAACACUGGCAGAACUGUUUUCAUUGUUAGGUGGUGACGUCAGAAAUUCUUGGACAGAUUUCAGUUACAUGAAACAUUAGAUAUCAAUAUAGGUUAGCAUCAGCCAAGCUAGCCAUGCUGAAAUACAGUGAGGUUUAACCAGACAGCAUCCAGUCCUGCUCGUUCUCCCCACAAGCCCAGGUAGGGUGGAGUCAGUUCCUACCAGUAGUGCAGUAAGGGAAAUAAGCAGGAAAGGUGGGUGACGUCGCAGAAGGUUUUGUCCAGUUCUUCUACAGCACAUGUGUUGGACUCCAGUCCUCGAGGACCCCAGUUUGACACCCCUGGUCUACAGUCUGUGAUAUGCUGACCUCAUGUGGUCUGACCCGGUAAUUCAGAAAAAAAAAAGAGGGCAGAAAAUCUGUUUUACAGAAGAAAACAUAGCUUUUCUAUUUUGUCUUCAAAGUGAGUGUACUACACAUCAGAGGUCACCGUAGGUGUUAAAACACUCGUCUUCGUCAGAAAAGUGCCUCCUUCAUCACCUCCAUCACCUCUUUCACUCGGACAGGUGAAGCCACACCCACGUCUGUUAAAGCUGGAAGCGGUGGGACAUGUUUAUUUUUUUACCUCAUCGAUAGGUUUUACAGCAGCAGGACUGUGAGUAACGGAUUCUCCAUCCAGAUGUUUCUACCUCAGCGUGUUCGUCACGUGCAGCUCUGAACUCCUCAUCACUGCCUCCCGUCUUCCACUGCGUACAGUCCAGUCCUGGUGUCGCUUGAUUCCCGCGUCGGGUCCGUAGAGGCAGGGAAAGCCAAGCCUUGACGUGCCGACAGUCAGAAACUGGGGGCGGACGGUGAUGAAGAGUUUUCUUCAUGGUUCCUGUGAAAUCUUUGAUUUUAUGAUGAAGACUUUCUGGAUAUUUGUAGUUUAUAGUUUUGAUACUUUUAUAAAGAGUUUUUUAA